UCCUGUGAGUUUUUUUAAACUCGUGUCGUCGGCGUCAUAAGAGAACGGACAAACGUGGACGUUGUUCCUGCUUUUGUUGACAAAUGUUUUAUUUAUCAGGCUCUGAGGUCUGACAGUGAUUAAGAUAUAUUUAGUUGAAUUAGUAGGGUUGGAAAGGUGGUAUUUUUUUAAACGAAAAUGACGGAACAGUCCGCCUUGCUGCUACGUAAACAAUUAGCAGAGUUGAACAAGAACCCAGUGGAAGGCUUCUCUGCAGGCCUUGUGGAUGAUAAUGACAUCUUUCAGUGGGAAGUGGUCGUCAUUGGACCCCAAGACACACUGUUUGAAGGAGGGUUCUUCAAAGCCACUUUAGCCUUUCCCCGGGAUUAUCCUUUAAGGCCUCCAAAAAUGAAGUUCAUCACGGAAAUCUGGCAUCCAAAUGUUGCGAAGAACGGUGAUGUAUGCAUAUCCAUACUGCAUGAACCCGGAGAGGACAAGUACGGCUAUGAGAAGCCAGAGGAGCGCUGGCUGCCAAUCCAUACUGUGGAGACUAUAAUGAUCAGCGUAAUCUCCAUGUUGGCGGAUCCUAACGGGGACUCCCCAGCCAACGUUGACGCAGCGAAAGAAUGGCGUGACGAUCCUAAGGGCGUUUUUAAGAAAAAGGUUGCACGUUGUGUGCGUAAAAGUCAAGAGAUGGCUUUCGACUGAUUUAUUUGUUUCAUCCAAGCCACCAGCAAUCUCGGGGAUUGAACAACAAGCUUAGCCAUUAAGGUAGAACAGUCCACUAAGACAUGUUUCCAGAUUUCAUAAUUUUCUGUACAGUACAUUCUUAAGUAUAUCAUCCCUCUCCUUUUUCUAGCCUUUUGUUUUCUUUAUAUAAACCUAUUUAUUUUUGAAACGAGAACCAGUUAAGAUGUUUUUUGUUUUUUUUAGGUUUUAAUUCUGCCACACUGAGCCAUACAGCCUGCAGUGCCUCAAUAAACACAAACAAUUAACAUAACUUGUUUUGGGGAUGGUAUGACAAUAGGGUGUACCAGAAUAAACUAAAUGCAAACAUUCAUGCGAGGAAGAUGCAUUUACAAGGCAAUUGUUAAAAUGAAGAAUAAAACACAUGAUGGCUCAAUA